GUAGCGAUCAAGCAAGCCCUACCAGUUGGGUUGAGUUGAGGCGCAGUGGUGCCGUGCCUCUUUCUUUCAAGGCUGCCAUUCUCGUUUGACAGCGCCGUUUCGAUCGUGCACUCUUUGUCGACGUCUCCCCCGAUUUCCCUCCGCUACUAUUCAUUGCACACCAAAAUGGCUGGAUCUGCACCAGAAGGAUCUCAGUUCGAUGCCCGCCAGUAUGACGCGAAGAUGGAGACCAUCUUGGGCGGCGAGGGAGAGGACUUCAUUUCCACAUGGGAGGAGGUCCACGAGACGUUCGACGUGAUGGGUCUUCACGAGAACCUUCUGAGGGGCAUUUAUGCGUACGGUUUCGAGAAGCCGUCGGCCAUCCAGCAGCGCGGAAUCGUGCCGUUCACGAAGGGGUUGGACGUGAUCCAGCAAGCCCAGUCCGGUACGGGUAAGACCGCGACGUUUUGCUCAGGCAUCCUGCAGCAGUUGGACUACCAGCUUUUGGAGUGCCAAGCCUUGGUGUUGGCACCCACCCGUGAGCUGGCCCAGCAGAUCGAGAAGGUGAUGCGCGCACUGGGCGACUACCUUCAGGUGAAGGUGCACGCGUGCGUGGGAGGAACCAGUGUGAGGGAGGACCAGAGGAUUUUGCAGGCGGGUGUGCACGUGGUGGUGGGAACACCCGGGCGUGUGUACGACAUGUUGCGCAGGAAUGCGCUGCGCGCGGAUUCCAUCAAGUGCUUCGUGCUGGACGAGGCCGAUGAGAUGCUUUCUCGGGGUUUCAAGGACCAGAUUUACGACAUCUUCCAGCUGCUGCCCCAGAAGCUUCAAGUGGGCGUGUUCUCCGCCACCAUGCCCCCGGAAGCCCUCGAGAUCACGAGGAAGUUCAUGAACAAGCCGGUGAAGAUCCUGGUGAAGAGGGACGAGUUGACGCUGGAGGGUAUCAAGCAGUUCUACGUGAACGUGGACCGCGAGGAGUGGAAGUUGGACACCCUGUGCGACCUGUACGAGACAUUGGCGAUCACCCAGAGCGUGAUCUUCAUCAACACCCGGCGGAAGGUGGACUGGUUGACGGACAAGAUGCGCGCCCGUGACCACACCGUGUCGGCCACUCACGGAGACAUGGAUCAGAACACCCGGGACAUCAUCAUGCGAGAGUUCCGUUCGGGGUCUUCCCGAGUUUUGAUCACAACGGACCUGUUGGCGCGGGGUAUCGACGUGCAGCAGGUGUCUUUGGUGAUCAACUACGACCUGCCAACUCAGCCGGAGAACUACCUUCACCGUAUCGGUCGCAGUGGGCGGUUCGGGCGCAAGGGAGUAGCGAUAAACUUUGUGACGAAGGAGGACGAGCGCAUGCUCCAGGACAUCCAGAGGUUCUACAACACCGUGGUUGAGGAGCUCCCGUCGAAUGUCGCGGAUCUUCUGUAGGUCGGGGAUAGUUCUGCAGCAGCACAAGGAUCGGGAGCAGUAUUUUCUCAAGGUCUGCUUAAGGAUCCUGUGUAAAGUUUUGGAACGGCUCCUUUGUUAGAAUCCACGUCGUUGUCGCCUGUCGGUUCUGCCCAUAUGCGUUUGUACUGCGGUGGUGCAUUACGCUUGCUAGUCUGAAGAGAAGGAACAGUGGGAGAUGCGGCCUCGAGAGGCCUUGAGUUGCAGAUUUAGGGGCAGAGGCAUGUGGGUCCCAAAUGAGGCCAAAUUCCUGGUAAUUAGAAUAUAUGGAGUAUUUUUGAGCGAAUUUUGUUUCUGAUUGUAAUUUCUUUUACGAGAGCCACGUGAUUCAGCCACUUGCUGUCGGUGUUACUGUGGGGGUGGGUCGAUUGCCCUCGCCUUGGCCACAGGGAGGCUUUGCGUGUUGUACUGCCGGGAAUGCAGACGGUGGUGGUGCGAGGAAGACCGUUAGCAAUUCAGGGGGUUACGUGCCGCUAUCGCAAGAGUAGUGCCGUCGCAUUGUGCUCCGUCAUUAACCAACAGCGGGUGAAGAUGUGAGGUGUUUGGUUGGGUGAUGUGUAGGUAUUGUGCUGUGCAUCUGUGCAAACGUUGUGGGCUACGGGUCCGGGACUGAUGCAGGGUCAUCGAUACGACGUCUUGUUGUUUUUGUUGCAGUGGGUGUAUGGAGUGUGUUGGUCAGUCGGAGCACUUCCAUUAUCUCGGGCUAUGGCACCGGUUGGUUGAGUGAAGUGGGGCGUCGAUUUGGAGAAUGUGUGUCGUUACCUAGGUCGUCGAUGGUUGUCGAUGUUGGUGCGAGGAAGGACGAGCAGUGAUUGGUCACUUUGGAGGGUCCUCUCUGGGUCGUUUGAGGCGUGGUUGCUCGAGUUGUCGCAAGGUUGCGAGCAUGCGGAGCCAGGUAGUGCAGGUAGGCGAGGGGAACGUAUACGUGGAUUAGAACAGCGCAAAUAUCACCAACCACGGGGUUCCUACGAUUGUUUUUAGGCUGCGUGUGUCAAUCGGACUGGGUCCACGAGCGGGGUUGAGGUGAUGAUGGCCAGCUGAACGUAAUUCUUUACUUGUAGGAGUCAGAGCUGACGGGGAAUGAGGGACUGCAAGGUCGUUUGUGUACCGCUGGGGACCUAGAAGCAUGGAGAAGUCAUUGGAUGCGUACAAGUCGCAGUGCAAGUCGCACCACCAUAUCGUUUUCCUCGCACUCUUGGGGUGGCGUAGGGGUACAGGGGGGCACACAUUACCAUACUCGUAAUGUACUUUGAUAGAUUUUGAGCUUUUGAUGGUCCCAGAAUAGGGCAGAGAAGUGAAGGGACAAAUCAUGUUAAUUGUUUGGAAGGUGAUGGGUCCUCGAAUAUUUACCAGGCUUUUCGGAGCCCCCUCUCGGGUGGCGGUGGAGCUAACUUCACCUUU